AUGUUGGUCUUUAGUGUGCAGCGCGUUGAUCACCCAACAGAGGAGCAAAUCGUUAACUCUGCAAACCUCUUUUAUGACCUCACCCACGACGAUCAGAGUGCCAUAAGCCUUUCCGGUGGCGACACGUCCUUGUUGAAAUUGCAGGCGACGGCCUUGCUUCGUGCUGGUGCAUUAGAUGGAGAAUACUACACCGCGACGAACUCGGAUGGCGAGCUAAUGGGCUUUACGCUCUGGAUGCCACCAGGCAAGGAGAUGUUCAGCACAGAUGAACAACGCAGUCUGGGCUUCCACGACUUCAUGACCAAACUCUCCGACCGGGGAAAAGAGUAUUACAAGACAACGUAUCUUACACAUUUUCCCGGCUUCGUCAACGGAGUAUUGGGUCCAACGGGGAAGAAAGACUCGUGGUGGCUUCAUAUGGCCAUGGUGCGGCCGGAAUAUCAGAGACAAGGGAUUACGCGAGCUCUUGUCAACCUCGUUCGAGAGAAGGCAGCUAAAAACGGCGAAGUUCUCGCGUGUUCGACAACCAACGAUGAUAAUGUACCCGUUUAUGUCGCGUUGGGCUUCACUCAUAGAGGAAGGAAGAUCAUGCCCUCUCCUUGGGGUGAUUGGCCUAUUUAUGACCUAAAGGGUUAUCUUUCGACAUUAAGGCGGAGCUUGAUUGACUCGCUUUAUCUGGAAGAACCUCCCAAGGAUAAAGAGUGGAAUAAAAAGAAGUCAUCGCUCACAAUUGACCCCCAAGUAUCCCCCGGACACCUUUUAUCUUCUCAACCUCCGAUACUCCUUCCGCGGACCCAUGAGCCUGUCAACUACGUCCUGGCGCGACAGCGGAACGCAACGCGUGUCUGGGUCGCAAGUCAAUCAGGCCGAGACAGAGGGUAUUCCCUCGGUACACUCGCGAGUUGGUUCACCCAUCUUUCAAACCCGUCCUCUUGGAUCAUGCCUUCAAUGAGAGAGAACGUGGAGACCUUGACGCUACUCGACAAUGGCGAAUACGACGAGGACAAAGUCUCUUACGCACCUCCUCGCAGCUCGAACAACAAGCUAUCGGCAUCCCUACCUCUUGCUCUAAUCUUUUUCUUCAUCGUCGAUAUCGCGGCCUUCCUUGCAAUCGCGAAGAUGCUUCUCGACGUCACUUCGACUUUCCGGACCGAAGACAAGAUGGAGUUUAGAAAUCCGUAUUUUGGCCUCGACGAACUUUACGCACAACAUAGAAUCCAACACUCGGUUUACCCCAAGAUUGUCAACGAACCCAAGCUGGCGGCUCAGAUUAGUUCUGCUGAACCUAACAAAGUAUUUCCAGUGGAUUUGCAUCAGUGGUUGAGCGACUUCGGGCGGCUGUCGCCUCCUGACCGCCGUUUGCAAGUCUCGAAGAAUAUCCACACCGUUGUUCAACAUAACGUCUUGGAUUACGGGAUGGAAAAAUGCGCCAUCGCCAUUCGACUGCCCGCUCGCGGUGAUUCAUUACCUCACCCAUACACAUUACCACCCGCUGGCGACACCGUACGACUUAGCAUCUGCGAACUCGAUGCCAAGCGGCCGCUGAAGGAGCACACACUCUCAUGGUCAACCCGCCCACCUUGCGUUCGACAGCUGGCGCCCGUCGACGCCAAGAUCGGAGGAGAGAUCGAACUGGAACCGUUCGCCUGCAAGUCGGGUUCUUAUCUGACGUAUCUGAUCUCCUGCGCUGAAGACUCGCUUGGGUGUAAUGUGGAUAUCUGGACGAAUCACAACCAGACUUGGGGAGUCUUCAUCAAUCAGUACCAAACUCUGUAA